CGGGACCCCCGGGGGGGCAUUGGGGACACGGGUGCCUGGGGUAGGGGCACCCCACCGCUGGCACCCGCUGUCAGCCUGGGGCACCCCGCUGGCCCCAUGCGGCUGGGUGUCCCUUUAACGGCCCAGCCGGCACCUCUGCCUGCUUAAUUGGCAGGGGUUAAUUAGAAGCCAGGGCUGCGGCUGUUCCUUCUCUCCCAGCCGGGCUGCAGGGCUGAGCUCUGCUGGGAGGGCUGGGCUCACCGGGGGUGAGGCUGAGGCACCCCCGGAGCGACAGCAGGUCAGCGUGCGAGGCACGAGGCUCCCUAGAAGAUGGGUGACUGGGGGUUCCUGGAGAAACUGCUGGACCAAGUCCAGGAGCACUCGACCGUGAUCGGGAAGAUCUGGCUCACCGUGCUCUUCAUCUUCCGCAUCCUCAUCCUGGGCUUGGCUGGGGAGUCAGUGUGGGGGGACGAGCAGUCGGAUUUCGUGUGCAACACCAAGCAGCCGGGCUGCACCAACGUCUGCUAUGACAAAGCUUUCCCCAUCUCCCACAUUCGCUACUGGGUGCUCCAGUUCCUCUUUGUCAGCACCCCAACGCUGAUUUACCUCGGCCACGUUGUCUAUCUCUCCCGGAAGGAGGAGAAGCUGAAGCAACAGGAGAGCGAGCUUCGGGCUAUCCACAGCAAGGACCCAAAGAUCGAGCAGGCCCUGGCAGCUGUGGAGAAGAAGAUGUCCAAGAUCUACAUGACGGAGGAUGGGCGGCUCAAGAUCCGAGGGGCGCUGAUGUGGACGUACAUCAUCAGUGUGAUCUGCAAGAGCAUCUUCGAGGCUGGCUUCCUCGUUGGCCAGUGGUACCUGUACGGCUUUUCCAUGGUGCCCCGCUACGUGUGCAAGAGGGACCCCUGUCCCCAUCAGGUGGACUGCUUCAUCUCUCGCCCUACCGAGAAGAGCAUCUUCAUCAUCUUCAUGCUGGUGAUGGGCUUGAUCUCCUUAAUCCUGAACCUCCUGGAGCUCUUCCACCUCUGCUGCAAGAGCCUGCUUGGCAACAUCAAGAAGGUGUCGGGGCCGAGCCAGGACGGCUUUGCCCCCGACAUGGUUGUGGGUCCCUACCCACCCAAGCACUACCCCUUCCUGCCCAUGGCCGAGAGCCACACGCCACCCUACCAGGCCUACAACAAGCUCUCCAGUGAGCAGAAUUGGGCCAACUUCCACAACGAGGAGAACCUGGCGCUGGGCAGUGGCAGCAGACCCCUCUCAGACCCCUACACCCCCGCGGCUGCUGAAGCCCCCACACCGGAGGAGAAGCUGUGCAGCCGGCCCGGGAGCUCAGCCUCCAAAAAGCAGUAUGUCUAGUGCCGGGCUGGCCCCGGCUGGCCACGGGGACCUUCCCUGGUCCCUUGUUCCUGUGAAGGUGCUGUCUGGAUGGGCUGCGGAGGCUGUGCCCGGGGGGACCUGCCUGCCCCGGGAGGUGAUGCUCGGGAGCGGGGCUGGAUGCUGUCCUGGAGCAGAGCCUCCCCGCUCUCCUCUUUUCCCCACAGACCUUGCAAGGAAGGAAACUGCAGAAAGUUCCCUGGGACGCCGUGUCCCGUGUGCCUCGCUGUGGGAAAGGGAGAAAUCCCUCGAGCCACACAGCUGGGAACAGGCUGUCCCCGGGGCUGUGGCAGGAGGCUGGAGCCAGCCGCGAGGCUGGAGUGUGAAAGCUGGGCCUGUGGCCCUGGGAAGCCACUUGCCUCCACAGGCAGCGGGCUGAGCCCAGGAGGGCUGGGGCAGCGCUGCCUCACCGGCCCUGGCCACCAGCCCCAUCCUGUUCCUGUGGCCACGGCUGCGGGCCAGCAGCUCCUGCCCCAGGGCUUGCUGCGGGAGCUGCCCCCUGCCCCACGGGGCAUGGGGGGGUUAAGCAGCAGCUGGCAGCUGGGGCUCUGCAGCCACCCACUGAUCCCGAUGGCUGCAGGUCACUGCUCGGGUGCGCUGGGGCUGCGAGCCCCCAGCCCUGGACCCUUUCCCACUUGGUGUGUGUCUCUAAGUUAUUUUUAACCUGCUGGCCUGAGCAUGGGGCUUUCUGCCUUCAAGGUGCCGCUGUGUGGGAUCUGGGGAGCCGUGUCCAGCCUGGCCGAGUGCCCUGGAGCCCUGUGCAUUUUUCCAGGAGGAAUUCGCCAAGCAGCUGCUGGGUUUGGGGGGUUAUUGGUUUUAUUACUUUGCACUAGUCAUCUCCUGCUGUGGGUGGGGGUGUUGGGGGGUGUAUGGAAGAAUCAACAGCCGCCACAUGAGCAGUCACCCUGUCAUCCCCAGCCCACCGAUGCUGUGAAAGGGGAAGGUCCUGCGUGACCCAGGCACGAGCGUGGGAUGUGGGUGCUGCCCUCAGUGCUGUUUCCUUUCCUCCUGGCAGACUCAAGUGUUGCAUCUUGUUGAAUAAAGUUGGAUGAAUGAAAAAA